AUGAAUAUUUAUAGACUCAACCAGAAGCUUAGACACAUAAUGGAAGUGUUUGAUAUUAUCUAGAGAGAGUAAAUUGAAUAUUUAAUUCUAGCCAAUUGCAAACUUUAAGUGGAUGUUAUUUAGGGAUACAUUAAGAUUAUUUGCUUCAUUAAGUAAUUAAAUUCCAAAAUCUCUUUGACAUCAACUAUGAUGAAUUAAAGUUAAAUAUGGCUAACUUUUUUUAAAUGUUAAAAGAACACAAUAUUAUACCAAUAGUUAUUUUGUCAUCAUAAACCCAUUAGAAAAUAAAUCCAAAAUUAAUAUUAAAAUGCUAAUCCAAAAAAAAUAAGUAAAUAAAUCAUGAUUUCAUAAUUCAAGAGCUUAAUUUCGUGAAUUAAUCUACAACGAUGCUGUUAUUGAUAAUAUCUUACCAAAAAGAAUGAUCAUUGAUUGGCUUAGAGAAUUACAAAUCUAAUUUUUAUUGGUUCCAGAUGCUGGAAGUUAAAUUCGCUAUCUCUUCACUAAUAAUUUAAUAAGUGGGUAUAUUUUUCCAAUAAAUAAUUUAGAAUCUUAGCAGAGAUCUCUUUCUUAGAGAAAUGCUUUAGUUUCAAAGAAUUAAAUUAUUUGAUUCUAAAUAUUUUUGAUAAAUCUUUUGAAUGGAUUGAUAUUAAACUACUAACAGCAAAAUCUUAAUUAAGUUUAGAUUCUCUUGCAGAAUUGUAUUAAUUGCAUGAUUAUUGCACUCGAAAUGAAUGCAUUGGUUACAAUGAUCAAAUUCUCAAUUAAUUUAGUAAUACUAAAUUUACAAAACCUUUUUAAGAAUUAUCAAGAUCUGAUUAAUUUAAUGUUCUUUACAAUAUUGGACAAUAAUUCUUUGCUGGAAAACUCACUUUAUAAUAGAGAGUAUAAAAAUUUGCAAAUUAUCUUAUUGAUUCAAAUAAAAUAACUUAAUUUAUGUAAUAAAUCAAAGAUUCCCCUUACAUUGAUAUAAAUUUUGAUGAAUUAAGAUUAUAAACUGCAUCUGCUAGUUGUAUCUAAUUUCCAACAGAAAUUUUGGUUUUUCAGAGUAAUGGAAUAGGAUUAUUCUAAAAAGAAUAGUCGUUACUUUAGCCUUUUGAAUUUUAAGAAUAUGAGUUUGUCGAGCCUUCUUAAUUAGCCUUUGAAAAAUUAAAUAUUGGAUAUUAUCAAGGAAAGAAUUAAAUAAAAUUAAAUACUUCCUUUAAUUUAUUCAAAGAGACUAUCAAAAAUCCUACUUUAUUGCGUUCAAUUCACUUUUAUUAUAAGACAUUAAAAUUGACUUCUAGAAAAUCUUCAUUUGAACUUGGAGAACAAUCAUAACAAAUUAAUUGCGAUCUUAUAUAAUUAAAUAUAAAUUUGAGGUUUUUGCAUCUACAGGGUUUAAUUGAUUUAGAGAAUUAAAAAGGUUCUUUAUAUGCAUCUGCCUUAUCUUAUGUUAAACCUCAAUAUUUUAUUCCUUUUUUCAUUUACCUUAAAUUAUUGGAAACUCAAUACAAACCCAUUUUAUUUGGAUAAUUUUAUAAUCCUCAAAAUGAAAAAGAUGAGGAAAUUCUUAUAACUUUUGCAGAUAAAAAGGAAAACUUAUUAACAAAAUAAUUAAAUAGUUUAUCAGAGCAUUAUUAAGAGGAUGAUGAAAAAAUCUUAUUACUUUUGAGAUUUUUCGUUAUUAAUAGUAUUUCUAAAUAAGGUUAAUUGGAUUAUUUUGGGGAUUUUAUCACUUGUAUAAGUUAAAAUUAUGGUUAAUAAUACGAUGCUCUAUUAAUAGGAUUGUAUUUUGAAAUUAAUCAACGCAGCCUUAUUGAAUAAUUUAUAAAUAUUGGCUAAUAAAACCCAUUUUAUAAAAAAUAUAACUAUAAUGAAGAGUUUUAUUAAUUUUUGAAAAAAAAGAAAUCUAAAUAAGAAUUUAUGACUACUCAUAAUUUAUAGCAUUAUAUAGAUUGUUGGACUGAAUUCAUUAAAUUAUUUGAUUAUAUCCAUUAAAAAAAGGGAAUGAGAUUUGAUAUUUUGUUUAAGACAAAUGAAUAUUUUCAGUAAUUGAUUAAAUGA